AUGGAAGUGAACAAAGCUACCAAGAUGGUAUAUAGAUACCUCGGAAACUCAGGUCUCAAAGUCUCCGCUCUUUCCUUUGGAAACUGGCUCAACUCAGAUGCUGAGGAGAACUACGAAGUCACUAGAGACAGCAUCAAGAGAUGCUUAGAACUUGGAAUUAACUUCUAUGAUACUGCUGAGAUCUACAACAGAGGAUCAGCUGAGUCUUUGAUGGGCAGAGCAUUCAAAGAACUUAACGUUAGAAGAGAAGACAUCGUAGUCUCCACCAAACUAUGGAGAGUCGGUGAUGGAGUGAAUGAUAUGUUUUUAUCAAGAAAACAUUUGGUUGAGGGUAUGAACAACUCUCUCAAGAGACUUCAACUUGACUAUGUUGAUGUUGUUUUCUGCCACAGACCAGAUUACGACACCCCACUUGAAGAGACAUGCAGAGCCAUGAGUUACCUCAUUGAUUCAGGCAAAUCUUUCUACUGGGGAACCUCCAUGUGGACUGCUGACAGAAUUACCAAGGCAGUAGAAAUCUGUGAGAGACUUAACCUUCACAAGCCAAUUACUGAACAGCCAUCAUAUUCAAUGGUCAGAAGAGAUCUAGUUGAGAAGGAGUACAGAAGACUAUUCUCUGAGUACAAAUACGGAACCACCAUCUGGUCCCCCUUAGCUGGAGGUAUCUUGACUGGAAAAUAUAACGAAGGAAUCAUUCCAGAGGGAAGUAGAUAUGACAAGCACAAGGACUUCCUCAAGGAUACUUGGAAUGCUCACUUCUCAGAAGAUAAGAAAGAGAAAACUAUUAAGAUGCUCUAAGGCUUAGCCGAAAUUGCAAAGGAACUUGGCUACACAUAAUCCCAACUUUCUCUUGCUUGGUGCCUUGCUAACCAAGAUAUCUCAACUGUCAUUCUUGGAUUCACAAGACUUGAGUAAGUAGAUGAGAACAUUAAGGCUCUUGAGCUUUAUGAGAAAUGGACUGAUGAACUUGAGAACAAAGUGAAUGAAGUUCUAGGAAACAACCCAGAGGCUGACAUGGACUGGAGAAAAUGGGCUCCAUAGGCUGGCAGAAGAACCCAGGCUCUUAUUCAUCACUGA